AUGACCUCCCUGAGUAUGGAGCACUUGGCCAAGGCUCACCCAUCUGUGAGCUUUGUUCAUGUCUACCCCGGUCCGGUCGGUACGAAUAUCUACAGCAAUAGUUUCCCGCCGCCUAUCUCGACAUUCUACAACCACGGGAUGUGGCCGCUGAUGUGGCCUUUCUCCGUCGGUCUCCACGAAAGUGGAGAAAGGCAUCUGUUUCAUCUAAGCUCUGCGCGGUACCCGGCCAAGAAGGGCACCAUGAUCCAGGGUGUUCCGGUCGAGCCAGGAGAUGUCGCAAAGGGUACGACUGGGGAGGGAGGUAGUGGAGCAUAUCUCUUGAAUUGGAACGGGGAGGUUCGACCGAGCCAAAAGAUUAUAGAAGAGUAUCGGGUGCAACGGCUCCCUGAGUUGGUUUGGAGGCACACCGAGGAUCUGUUGGAUCGAGCCGUCUGUCGGUAA